AUGGCCGAUUCCGCUGAUGCCAAACCCACGCCCUCGGCGGAUCAAACUGCCUCGUCCGACUUGAGACCUGCCGAACAGGAGACUAAUCUCGUGACGAAUCCUCUGGGUGAUCCUUCGUCUGAAGGCCCGGCAAAUGAUGCCCACGAGACUAAAUCUACCACCUACACCGAGACUGCUGCCAAAGCCGCCAGCACUGCGGCGAGCACCGCCGGCGCAGCCGCAACUGGCGUCAAGGACUCUGUCUUUUCUAUGUUUGGUGGUGGAGCUAAAAAAGAACGCAAAGUCGAAGAGGAUGACAAUGCCAAGGAUGAACCUAGCGGCAGUUCAAAAGCCCAGAAGAAGGAGGAUGAAGACGAUAAAGCCGACGAGGAAGAAGCAGAUGUCGAGUUCGAACCCGUGGUCCGACUGACCGAGAAGGUCGAGACCAAAACCAACGAGGAAAUGGAGGAACAGGUCUUCAAGAUGCGGGCCAAACUCUUCAAGUUCGACCGCGACUCAAAAGAGUGGAAGGAGAGAGGUACUGGCGAUGUCCGACUGCUCAAGCACAAGGAAAACGGCAAGACACGACUGGUUAUGCGACGAGACAAGACUCUCAAGGUUUGCGCAAAUCACUACGUCACCCCUGACAUGAAGCUUUCACCGAACGUUGGUAGUGAUCGCAGCUGGGUCUGGAACGUCGCCGCAGAUGUCAGCGAAGGCGAGCCCGAGGCCCAGACCCUCGCAAUCCGAUUUGGAAAUAGCGAGAAUGCGAAUCUCUUCAAAGAAGCGUUCAUCAAGGCCCAACAAGAGAACGAAUCUCUGUUCCAGAAGUCAUGA